GCAAGACAGCUCCCAUCCUGUUGCUCGAGCUCGCAGCGCACGCUCAUGGAGGACGCCAUCUCCCGUAUUCCUCGCAACACAAGAGUUGCCGUGGUCACCGGCGGGAACAGAGGUAUCGGGCUAGAAGUGUGCCGGCAGCUGGCGAGCAAUGGCGUCGCCGUCGUCCUGACGGCGGUGGACGAGAAGAUGGGCGCGGAAGCCGUCGAGAAGCUCCAAGGGUUGGCGGUGUCCGACGUCCUUUCCCACCAGUUGGAUAUCACGGAUGCUUCCAGCAUCGCUCGACUGGCCGAUUUCUUGAAGACCCGGUUCGGCAAGCUGGAUAUCCUGGUGAAUAAUGCCGCGGUCUGUGGGGUUGUGUUCUUCCGAGAUCAUGCUGAUGCUUCAGUAACUAGCGGUGAAAUGUUCAAAGGCAUGGAUAGGGACGAGAGGCUUGAAUGGUUGUGGGGAAACUGCAGGGAGACGUACGACGCUGCCAAGGAAGGCCUGCAGACAAACUACUACGGCACAAAGCACGUGAUCGAGGCGCUGCUGCCUCUGCUGCAAGCCUCGUCCGAUGGAAGGAUCGUUAACGUCUCCUCCGACUUUGGGCUACUAAGGUGUUUCAGAAACGAGGAGCUGAAGCAAGAGCUGAACGACACUGACAACCUCACGGAGGAGAGGCUGGACGAGCUGCUGGCCAUGUUCCUAAAGGACUUCGAGGCCGGCGGGGUCGAGGAGCGCGGGUGGCCGUCCGCGUUCGCGGCGUACAAGGUGGCCAAGGCGGCUGUGAACGCCUACUCGAGGAUCCUGGCGCGGAGGCACCCCGAGCUGCGCGUCAACUGCGCGCAUCCCGGCUACGUCAAGACGGACAUCACCUUGCACUCGGGGCUCUUGACGCCCGAGGAGGGCGCGGGCAACGUGGUGGAGGUGGCGCUGCUGCCGGAACGCGGGGCGACCGGCGCUUUCUUUGAGGAGGGCAAGGAGCUGGCGUCCUUCGUGUGAUGUUUGAUCGGGACGACACGCUCUUGUUCAUCCGCCGUGUGUUUGGAUCGCUCUCGGUAUGUAUGGCUUGCUUGAUUGAGAGUAUAUCGUAGGUCUCGAGCUGGACGAUUGUGGUGAUAAACUUUUUAUGUAUGUGAAUGAUUGUGGCGAUGAACUGACGAUGUGUGCCACUAUUUUUCGUUUU